CCAAUCCUCCACCAUGAUGGGUCCCUGGCUCCCCAGAGGCUCCUGUGUGGCAGCUGUGGUCCUGACCCUGAUGGCCCUGAGCCCGGUGGCUUUGGUCAGGGACCCCAGAUCAUGUUUCUUGCAACAAGUCAAUGAAUGACAUUUCUCUAGUGGGAUGGAGCGGGCGUGGUACUUGCAGAGACACAUCUACAACCAGGAGGAACACUUGCGAUUUGACAGCAGCAUGGGCAAGAACCAAGCAGUUACUAAGCUGGGAAGAUAAGCCGAGUACUGGAGCAGCCAGGAGGGCUUCCUGGAGCAGAAGCCGGCCAAGGUGGACACAUUCUGCAGAUUCAACUAUGCCAUUGUGGGGCUAUUAACUGUGCUGCAGAGAGUUGAGCCCCAGGUGACCAUGUACCCGACAAAGACUCGACCCCUGGAGCACCGCAACCUCCUGGUCUGCUCUGUGAGCGGCUUCUACCCUGGCCACAUUGAAGUCAGAUGGUUCCGGAAUGAUCAGGAGGAGAAGGCUGGGGUCGUGCCCACAGGCCUGAUCCAGAAUGGAGACUGGACCUUUCAGAUCCUGGUGAUGCUGGAGACAGUUCCUCAGAGUGGAGAGGUUUACACCUUCCAAGUGGAGCAUCCCAGCCUGGCCAGCCCUGUCACAGUGGAGUGGAGGGCACAGUCCACAUCUGCACAGAACAAGAUGCUGAGUGGAAUCGGGGGCUUCGUGCUGGGUCUGCUCUUCCUUGGGCUGGGGCUGUUCAUCUACUUCAGGAACCAGAAAGUCUGCUCUGGCCUCACUGCUGUGGGCUGUGGUGCCAGAGAAAUCUCAGGUAGCAGCUCAGAGUCUGGGGACAUGAAUCUGGGGACAGAUCUUCCUCCAUGCACUUAA